AUGGGUUUCAGCAGCCAUGGAAACUUGUUCUUUGUUUUGUUCAUGCUGUGUUUUUAUGUGUGGGACAUUGGUAGUGCCACAGACGGCAUCACACCAUCACAAUCCAUCAAGGACUCUGAAACUAUAAGGUCCAAAGAUGGUAACUUCACUUUGGGGUUCUUCAACCAUCCAAACUCCACAAACCGUUACGUUGGAAUUUGGUGGAAGUCUCAAUCCACAGUUGUAUGGGUUGCUAACAGAAACCAACCGCUGAAUGAUUCUUCUGGAAUAAUUACCAUAUCUGAAGGAGGAAAUCUUGAGGUGCUGAAUGGACAGAAUCAAGUUGUUUGGUCAACAAUUGUGUCAAACACAUCAUCCAAUACAAGUGCCAAGCUUUCAGACGGGGGUAAGCUUGAACUCAUGGAAACCACGACCGGGAACAGUUUAUGGGACAAUUUUCAGCAACCUUCAAAUACAUUAUUGCCCCAGAUGAAAAUUUCAAGCAAUAGAACAGGUAGGGGGGAGCAAAUUACAUCAUGGAAAAGCCCUUCUGAUCCAUCUCUUGGGAGCUUCUCUAUGGGUGUCGUUGAACGCCUUGGGGGUAUUCUUGAAGUGUUCAUUUGGAAUGAAACUCGACCAUACUGGCGUAGUGGUCCAUGGAAUGGUGGGGUAUUUACAGGGAUAGACACCAUGGCUAGUGCAUAUCGAAAUGGUUUUGUUGUUGAAGACGGUGUGGAAGGAAAUAAAGAAGUCUACUAUAAAGUAAAAAAUGAAUCAGAGUUUUCAAUAUAUACGCUGAAUUCGCAAGGCCAAUUUGAAGAAAUAUGGUGGGAUGAUGAGAAGACAGAAAUGGAAGUUUCAUGGACUAGUCAACAUUCGGAUUGUGAUGUUUACGGUUCAUGCGGGUCGUUCACAAUCUGUAAUGCACAGAGCCAAGGAACAAAGGACUCACCAAUAUGCAGCUGUUUGAAAGGGUUUGAGCCAAGGAACAAAGAGGAAUGGGAUACACAAAACUGGACUAGCGGAUGUUUUAGGAGCACAACCUUGCAGUGUGAAAGGGCCAAAGAUCAAAACACAAGUACAGAUACAAAGGAAGAUGUAUUCUGGGAACUGCAAAUGGUGAAAGUUCCAGAUUUUCCAGAAGGGUCUAGUGUUGAGCCCGACAUAUGCAGAAGCCAAUGCUUGGCGAAUUGCUCUUGUGUUGCGUAUUCUCACGAUGAUGUGAUUGGUUGUAUGUCUUGGACAGAGAAUCUACUAGACAUCCAACAAUUAUCAAAUCGAGGACUUAGUCUAUAUGUUCGUGUAGCCUAUACUGAACUUGAACAUGGUACUACGUCUGCUCAAGCCUUUUAA